AUGUAUAUGGAUGCAAAAGUGGAUGACCACUUAAUGCAAGGGACUGAGAAAAGCAAGCUGGAACCAGUGACCCAGUUAUUUCAAAACACUAAGAAAAUAAGAUUAGAAGACCCAAACCAAGAAAACCUUACAAGAGAGAAAGAGACUGGCCCAGGCUCUCUUUCCGAGAAAGCCUUGUGUUCAGUAGUUUAUGUUAAAGAAAGUGAUUGA